AUGUCCGCUGUUGUCCCAACUUGUCCAGUCACGCAUCCACUUGAAGCAGUCGGUGAUCGUUUAGUCACUUUAGAACUGCAAGAUGGUGUCACUUUACAAGGUUACUCCUUUGGUGCUGAAAAACCUGCCGCUGGUGAAUUAGUCUUUCAAACUGGUAUGGUCGGCUACCCUGAAUCCUUAACUGAUCCAUCCUAUGAAGGUCAAAUUUUAGUCAUUACUUAUCCUUUGGUUGGUAACUAUGGUGUUCCAGAUAUGACUUUAGAAGAUGAACUAGUCGCCGGUUUACCAAGAUAUUUUGAAAGUAAUAGAAUUCAUAUUGCUGGUUUAGUUGUGUCUCAUUAUACUGAAGCUUACUCUCAUUAUUUAGCUAAUUCAUCCUUAUCUCAAUGGUUAAAGAGAGAAGGUAUUCCAGCUAUCUAUGGUGUCGAUACAAGAAACUUAACUAAACAUUUAAGAAACUCUGGUUCUAUGUUAGGUAGAUUGGCCUUACAAAAAGCUAAUGCUAAUUUAGAGGAAGCUACUACUGAAAACUGGAAAUCUUGUUUCGAUGUUCCAGAAUGGAUUAAUCCAAACGCUGAUAAUUUGGUUGCCAAGGUAUCCACUAAAGAACCAAAAUUGUACACUCCACCAACAGAUAACAAACAAGUCAAUAUUCAAACUGGCCCAGAUGGUAAGGUUCUAAGAAUUGUUGCUAUCGACGUUGGUAUCAAAUAUAAUCAAAUCCGUUGUUUCAUUAAAAGAGGUGUUGAACUUAAAGUCGUUCCAUGGGAUUAUGAUUUUACUACAGAAGAAUAUGAUGGUCUGUUCAUCUCUAACGGUCCAGGUGAUCCAUCCAUUCUUAAUGAUGUUGCUAAGAGACUUGAUUCUGUUGUUCAAGCUAAAAAGACUCCAAUUUUUGGUAUCUGUUUCGGUCAUCAAUUGUUGGCUAGAUCCACAGGUGCUCAAACUUCUAAGAUGAUCUUCGGUAACCGUGGUCAAAAUAUCCCAUGUACAUCUACUAUUAGUGGUCGUUGUUACAUUACAUCACAAAAUCAUGGUUUCGCCGUUGAUGUUGAAACUCUAGGAGAAAAUUGGGAACCAUUAUUCGUUAAUGCCAACGAUGGUUCUAAUGAAGGUAUCUACCAUAAGGAAUUACCAUAUUUCUCUGUUCAAUUCCAUCCGGAAUCUACCCCUGGUCCAAGAGAUACAGAAUUUUUGUUCGAUGUCUUUAUAAAUGCUGUUAAAGAAUUCAAGGAAACUAAGAUUCUAAAACCAAUUGCUUUCCCAGGUGGUCUAGUGAAGGACAACUUAGAAGCUCACCCAAGAUUACAACCAAAGAAGGUCCUUGUUUUAGGUUCUGGUGGUUUAUCCAUUGGUCAAGCUGGUGAAUUCGAUUACUCCGGUUCUCAAGCCAUUAAAGCUUUAAAAGAAGAAGGUAUUUACACUAUUUUAAUAAAUCCAAAUAUUGCUACAAUUCAAACGUCAAAGGGUUUGGCUGAUAAAGUUUACUUCUUACCAGUCACUACUGAAUUCGUUAGAAAGGUUAUCUUACAUGAACGUCCUGAUGCUAUCUAUGUAACAUUUGGUGGUCAAACAGCUCUAUCUGUUGGUAUUGAAAUGAAAGAUGAAUUUGAAUCUCUAGGUGUCCAGGUAUUGGGUACUCAAAUUGAUACUAUUAUAACAACUGAAGAUCGUGAAUUAUUCGCCAGAGCUAUCGAUGAAAUUAAUGAAAAAUGUGCUAAAUCUGAAGCUGCUAAUUCUGUUGAGGAAGCUUUGUCUGCAGUCAAGAGAAUUGGGUUCCCAGUUAUUGUGCGUGCGGCUUACGCCCUUGGUGGUCUAGGUUCUGGUUUCGCUAAUAAUGAAAAGGAAUUAGUAGAUCUUUGUAACGUUGCGUUUGCUUCUUCUCCUCAGGUCCUAGUUGAAAGAUCCAUGAAGGGUUGGAAAGAAGUUGAAUAUGAAGUUGUUCGUGAUGCUUUCGACAACUGUAUUACCGUUUGUAACAUGGAAAACUUCGAUCCAUUAGGUAUCCACACUGGUGAUUCUAUUGUUGUUGCUCCAUCCCAAACUCUAUCUGAUGCUGAUUAUAACAUGUUAAGAACGACUGCUGUUAAUGUUAUUAGACACCUUGGUGUUGUUGGUGAAUGUAACAUUCAAUACGCUCUAAAUCCAUUUUCUCAAGAAUACUGUAUUAUUGAAGUUAAUGCAAGAUUAUCUCGUUCCUCCGCUUUGGCUUCAAAGGCUACUGGUUACCCAUUGGCUUACACUGCUGCAAAGUUAGGUUUAAAUAUUCCAUUAGACAAGGUCAAGAACUCUAUUACUCAAUCUACUUGUGCUUGUUUCGAACCAUCUCUAGAUUACUGUGUUGUUAAGAUGCCAAGAUGGGAUUUGAAGAAGUUCUCUAGAGUAUCCACUGAAUUAUCUUCUUCCAUGAAAUCUGUUGGUGAAGUUAUGAGUAUAGGUAGAACUUUCGAGGAAGCUAUCCAAAAGGCUAUUAGAUCUACUGAAUAUGUUAAUUUAGGUUUUAACGAAACUGAAUUGGAAAUUGAUAUUGAUCAUGAACUAUUAAAUCCAUCCGAUCUAAGAAUUUUCGCAAUUGCUAAUGCUUUCAGUCAAUUAGGUUAUUCUGUUGAUAAGGUUUGGGAAAUGACAAACAUUGAUAAAUGGUUCUUACAAAAGCUAUAUGACUUGAUUUCUUUCGGUAAAAAAAUUACUGCUAUUGGUGCCAUUGAAGAUCUUCCAGGUGAUCUAUUGAGAGAAGCUAAACAAUGUGGUUUUGAUGAUAGACAGAUCGCCAAAUUCCUAAGCUCUAAUGAAGUUGCUAUUCGUCGUUUGAGAAAAGAAUUAGGUAUUACACCAUUUGUUAAACAAAUUGAUACUGUUGCAGCCGAAUUCCCAGCUCACACAAACUACUUAUAUAUGACAUACAAUGCUUCUGCUCAUGAUUUAACUUUCGAGGACAACGGUGUUAUGGUUCUAGGUUCUGGUGUUUACCGUAUUGGUUCUUCCGUUGAAUUUGAUUGGUGUGCUGUUACUGCUGUUAGAACUCUACGUGCUAACAACUACAAGACUAUUAUGAUUAAUUACAACCCAGAAACUGUUUCUACUGAUUAUGACGAAGCUGAUAGAUUGUAUUUUGAAACUAUCAACCUUGAAAGAAUCCUAGAUAUUUACGAAAUUGAAAACUCUCAAGGUGUGGUUGUUUCUAUGGGUGGUCAAACUUCUAACAAUAUUGCAAUGACUCUACACCGUGAAAACGUUAAGAUCCUGGGUACUUCUCCAGAUAUGAUCGACUCUGCUGAAAAUCGUUACAAGUUCUCUCGUAUGUUGGAUCAAAUUGGUGUUGAUCAACCUGCUUGGAAAGAAUUGACAUCCAUGGAUGAAGCAGGUGGUUUUGCCGAAAAAGUUGGUUAUCCAGUCUUAGUACGUCCAUCUUAUGUUUUAUCUGGUGCUGCUAUGAACACUGUCUACUCAAAGAAUGAUCUGGAAUCCUAUCUAAGACAAGCCGUUGAAGUUUCUCGUGAUUAUCCUGUUGUUAUUACCAAAUAUAUUGAAAACGCUAAAGAAAUUGAAAUGGAUGCUGUCGCAAGAAAUGGUGAAUUAGUUAUGCAUGUUGUUUCUGAACAUGUUGAAAAUGCAGGUGUCCAUUCCGGUGAUGCUACUUUAAUUGUUCCUCCACAGGAUUUGGCUAAGGAAACUGUUGACAGAAUUGUUGUUGCUACAGCUAAAAUUGGGAAGGCCUUAAAGAUUACUGGUCCAUAUAAUAUUCAAUUUAUUGCUAAGGAUAAUGAAAUCAAGGUUAUUGAAUGUAAUGUUCGUGCUUCUCGUUCCUUCCCAUUCAUUUCAAAGGUGGUUGGUGUUAACUUAAUUGAAUUAGCUACAAAGGCUAUCAUGGGUCUACCAUUUGAUCCUUAUCCAGUUGAAAAACUACCAGAUGACUACGUCGCUGUUAAGGUUCCACAAUUUUCUUUCCCACGUCUUGCUGGUGCAGAUCCUGUUUUGGGUGUCGAAAUGGCAUCCACUGGUGAAGUUGCUACUUUUGGUCACUCUAAAUAUGAGGCCUAUCUAAAGUCCUUAUUGGCUACUGGUUUCAAGCUUCCAAAGAAGAAUAUCUUGUUGUCCAUUGGUUCCUUUAAAGAAAAACAAGAAUUGUUGCCAUCCAUCCAAAAGCUAUACAACAUGGGUUAUAAACUAUUUGCUACUGCUGGUACAGCCGAUUUUAUUACUGAACACAACAUGUCUGUUCAAUACUUAGAACUUCUAAAUCAAGAUGAUGAUGAAAAGGCAGAAUAUUCAUUGACUCAACAUUUGGCUAACAAUAAUAUUGAUCUUUACAUUAACUUACCUUCCGCUAAUAGAUUCCGUCGUCCUGCUUCUUACGUUUCUAAGGGUUACCAAACACGUCGUAUGGCUGUUGAUUACUCUGUUCCACUGGUUACUAAUGUUAAAUGUGCUAAAUUAUUAAUUGAAGCAAUUUCAAGACACUUGAAACUAGACGUAUCAGAACGUGAUGCUCAAACAUCUCACAGAACAGUCACCAUUCCAGGUUUGAUUAACAUUGCUACUUAUGUUCCAAAUGUUUCAAAUAUCGUUGAUGGUCCAAAAGAAUUAAAAGAAACAAGUCGUUUAUUCCUAGAAUCUGGUUUUACUUAUUGUCAAAUUAUGCCAAGAGCAUUCAGAGGUCCAGUCAUCACUGAUAGUAUUUCUUUGAGAGCUGCUCUUUCUGCCUCAACUGGUGCAUCAUACACUGAUUUUGGCUUAACUGUCGCUGGUACCCCAAACAAUAUCGAUCUUGUAGGUCAAACUGCCUCUGAAGUAAGUGCAUUGUUCCUUCCAUACCAUGAAUUGAAAAAUAAGGUUUCUGAAGUCAGUAAAUUAUUGCAAAACUGGCCAACUGAUAAACAAAUUAUUGCUGAGGCCAAGACUUCCGAACUUGCAUCUAUUCUGCUAUUAGCUUCCCUACAAAAUAGAUCCAUUCAUAUUACCGGUGUUUCUAACAAAGAAGAUUUAGCCUUAAUUAAAACUGUUAAAGAAAAGGAUGCGAGAGUUACUUGUGAUGUUAACGUUUAUUCUCUAUUUAUUUCUCAAGAACAAUAUCCAGAGGGUGUCUUCCUACCAACUGAUGAAGAUCAAGAAUUCUUCUGGGAAAACCUUGAAUCCAUCGAUGCUUUCUCUAUUGGUUCUCUACCAACUAACUUAGCUGCAAUUACUGGUCACAAAAUUGAGAUUGGUUUGGGUAUUAAGGAUGCCUUACCACUGUUACUAACUGCUGUUCAUGAAGGUAAAUUAAGUGUUGCUGAUAUUGUCUUACGUUUACAUGAUAAUCCAAUCAAGAUCUUUAACCUACCAGAACAAGAUGCUGUUAUUGAAAUUGACUUAGAUUAUGUCGUUGCUGAUACAAAGAGAUGGUCUCCACAUUCUGGUUCUUCAUUAUCUGGUGGUAUUGAACGUGUUAUUGUCAAGGAUGAAACCGUUGUUUUAAGUGGUGAAUUGGUUGACGAAAAACCAACUGGUAUUCACGUUAUAGUGGGUACAUCUAGUGUUGCCCCAACUGUUGUUGAAGCCCAAAAGACUAUCGGAUUUAUGAAAGAUAAAAGAUUCUCAUUUUCUGCUGAAAGACCAAAGAUUUUCGAUAGUGUUGAAUCUGCCGAAGAUGCUAUUGUUGAACCACCUACUCUAGAACAAAGAUUGAUGUCUUCUAAACCUCCAAGAGAAUUAACAGCACCAACUGCUUUAGAAAAUUUAAUCCGUGGUAAGAACCCAUUCCAAGGUAGACAUAUUCUAUCCAUUAAGCAAUUUAACCGUUCCGAUUUCCACGCUUUGUUUGCUGUUGCUCAAGAAUUAAGAGCUGCUGUCGCCAGAGAAGGUGUUUUAGAUAUCAUGAAGGCUCAUGUCCUAACUACUAUUUUCUAUGAACCUUCUACACGUACUUGUUCUUCAUUCAUUGCUGCUAUGGAACGUCUAGGUGGUAGAGUUGUUAACAUUAAUCCAAAUGUCUCCUCCGUUAAAAAGGGUGAAACCCUACAAGAUACCGUAAGAACAUUGGCUAGUUACACAGAUGCUAUUGUUAUGCGUCAUUCUGAUGAAAUGUCAGUUCAUGUUGCUGCUAAGUACUCUCCAGUUCCAAUUAUUAAUGGUGGUAAUGGUUCUCGUGAACAUCCUACUCAAGCUUUCUUAGAUUUAUUUACUAUUAGAGAAGAAAUCGGUACUGUUAAUGGUAUUACUGUUACAUUUAUGGGUGAUUUGAAACACGGUAGAACUGUCCAUUCCCUAUGUCGUCUACUAAAGCAUUAUCAAGUUAGAAUUAACUUAGUAUCUCCAAGCGAAUUGAGACUACCAGACUCUCUAAAGCAAGAAUUAUACGACGCUAAUAUGUUAGGUGUUGAAAGUCUAGAAUUAACUCCGGAUAUUAUCUCUAAGUCAGAUGUUUUGUACUGUACAAGGGUUCAAGAAGAAAGAUUCAAGGACAAGGCCGAAUACCAACGUUUAAAGGAUGUCUACAUUGUUGAUAACAGAAUUUUAGCCCAUGCAAAGCAAAAUAUGGCUAUUAUGCACCCAUUACCUCGUGUUAACGAAAUUAAAGAGGAAGUUGACUACGACCAUCGUGCCGCUUACUUCAGACAAAUGAAAUAUGGUCUAUAUGUCAGAAUGGCUCUAUUAGCUAUGGUUCUUGGUAUUGAUCCAUGA